CGAUUCUGCACAACAGAACAAUACAUGUCUCGACGGGAUCAGCAGAGCAACUACAACAGCAGCCGCAUGGUGGCAUCGGCAGGCCGACCGAGCGCCAACCACCGCAACACCACGGCGUCUGCGGGGUCCAAGCACCAGCAGCACAAGCAGGCGCCAACCGCUGGCCGAGGCGGACGCGGUGCUGCAGCUGCAGCUGGAGCGGGACGAGCGGCUGGACCGAGGCGGAUGCGACACGAGGACGACGGCGACGACGAGGACGAAGACACGCAGCGCGUCAUGCGAAGGAUGCAAGCAUUCGAUGAUCAAGAUAACGACGAUGACGAUGACGAUCACGAUGGCGAGAGCGAUCUGAGCGAGGAGGACGAGGACGAGGACGAAGAUGAGCUGCGAAUGCGCGCGCGAGCCAGAAUGAUGAGCGCGACCAAGGCAAGCUCAAGGCGUCAACGAGACGACAGUGCUCAAGAUGAUGACCAAGAUGACGACGAUGACGAAGACGACGAGCUGGACGAUGAGGACGAGGAUGAAGACGAGGACGAUUACUACAGCGAGAACGACGACAUGUCCGACGAUGACUAUUAUAGCGAUGACAAUGGCACCAAUGACAAGAACAACACCAAGAAGGUACAAAGUGGCGCAAAGUCAAAGCCAGGGAAGGCUGCGAUGGAUGCGAGCGACGAGGACGACGAGGACGAAGACGAAGACGAAGACGACCAAGAAUCAGACGAUGAGAACGAAGAAGAUGCAGAUCAGGCCAAAUUGGCCAAGAUCCGAGAAGAACUCGCGUCUGUCCCGUUCGACGAGCUUCAGCGUAUUCGCGAAAAAGUUGGCGCGAAAAAGUUUGACAAAAUGUUCAGCAUGUCGGGCGCACUUGCUGACGACAGCGAUGAUGAAGAGCAGCGUAAACCAGCAAAAAGGCAACCAGCGCGUGCGGAAUCUGCCCCGUUCGGCAAGAGCUUGAAGCGACGUGCUGAAGAACCGGCUUAUGGCGACCACAACGGGUCUCGCAAAAAGAAUCAACCCGAGGAAGUCUCGUCCAAAAAGCGUGUCGAUACCCUGCGCAACGUAGUUCCACUAACAGCCGAGGCGAAAGCACGCCGCUUGCGACGCGAUCCUCGCUUUGACAGCUUGAGCGGCAACUUUAACGCCAACCUGUUUGAAAAGAGCUACGGAUUUGUGAACGAAAUGAAGACACGAGAAAUGAAGGAGGUCAGCGCAGCCGCCAAGAAGGAACGCAAUCCCGAGCGGCUCGAGGAGAUCAAGUCUACGCUUGCACGCAUGAAACAAGACCGUGCCAAGGAAGAGCAAGAACGGCAGCGCCGUCAUUUCAAGGCCGAGCGCAACCGACAGGAACGAGACUUGGUCAAGCAGGGCAAGACGCCGUUCUUCCUCAAGAAGAGCGACGAGCGCAAGUUGGAGGCUGUGCAGCGGUUCAACCAGCUCAAGUCGUCUGGCCAGCUCAACAAGUUCCUCGAAAAGAAGCGCCGUCGCAAUGCUGCCAAGGACCACACUUCCGUGCCGUAUGCGCGCCGCGGUGGGGACGAGUGAGCUGUUCUGAGCAGAUGCGGUUCGACUCGAGCAGCAUCCUAUCUGAUUCUUGUGAUUCCUGUGAUUCUUGAGCUAUUCACUGUACUUCUUGUUAUUAUUUCUUUUUCCCCCACAAACUCUUCAUCGAUUCAUUUUUCCCCAUCGCUUUUUUUCCCAGUCUUAUUUUUGUAGGCUUUUGUUGUUGGU